CUCGCCUCGCCCGCCGCGUCCGCAUCUAGUAACCCUCGGCGCGGCCGCGCUAGCCUACUCGGACCCUCGCACCCCGCUCCCGGCCCGGCGCCGACGGAGCCGGGAGGGAGCCACCGUCGCAGCCGCGUUCGCUGGAGGAAGUGUGCGGCUCCCGGGCUCCGUCCGCCCUGGGGCGCGCCCCAAUGUCAGCCGCGGGGCCGAGCGCAGGCCGCGGGCCGCCGCUGCCCUAGCAGAGCCCACGGGGAGGCGGCCUCUUAUAUGGAAUUUGGACCCCGGCGCGCCUUUCCAGGGCUGGUGCCCCGGCCACGGCCCUGGCGCAGUCCGCCGCCUCCCGCUAGGCGCUCGGCAGGAGGAGGAGACGCUGCCGGCUGCGCGCGCGGUGCGAGGACCGAGGCUCCCUCCUCUGGGGGGCGGGCACGCGGAAGCCGCUGCUGACUGAGCGACCGUCGGGGCCGGCUGGGGUUCAGAGCUCGGUGCUCGGCGGCCCUACAGCUGCGCCGGCCGGACGCCCGGGGUUGGGGAGCUGGGGAGGCCUGCCCGGGCCCCCUGCCCGCAGCCGCCAUGGCGGAGAAUUGGAAGAACUGCUUCGAGGAGGAGCUCAUCUGCCCCAUCUGCCUGCACGUCUUCGUGGAGCCAGUGCAGCUGCCGUGCAAACAUAACUUCUGCCGGGGCUGUAUCGGCGAGGCUUGGGCCAAGGACAGCGGCCUGGUGCGCUGCCCGGAGUGCAACCAGGCCUACAACCAGAAGCCGGGCCUGGAGAAGAACCUGAAGCUCACCAACAUCGUGGAGAAGUUCAACGCCCUGCACGUGGAGAAGCCGCCGGCUGCGCUGCACUGCGUGUUCUGCCGCCGCGGCCCCCCGCUGCCCGCGCAGAAGGUGUGCCUGCGCUGCGAGGCGCCCUGCUGCCAGUCCCACGUGCAGACGCACCUGCAGCAGCCCUCCACCGCCCGCGGGCACCUCCUGGUGGAGGCGGACGACGUGCGGGCCUGGAGUUGCCCGCAGCACAACGCCUACCGCCUCUACCACUGCGAGGCCGAGCAGGUGGCGGUGUGCCAGUACUGCUGCUACUACAGCGGCGCGCAUCAGGGACACUCGGUGUGCGACGUGGAGAUCCGAAGGAAUGAGAUCCGGAAGAUGCUGAUGAAGCAGCAAGACCGGUUGGAGGAGCGAGAGCAGGACAUUGAGGAUCAGCUGUACAAGCUCGAAUCAGACAAGCGCCUGGUGGAGGAGAAGGUGAGCCAGCUGAAGGAGGAGGUGAGGCUGCAGUACGAGAAGCUGCACCAGCUGCUGGAUGAGGACCUGCGGCAGACGGUGGAGGCGCUGGACAAGGCCCAGGCCAAGUUCUGCGGCGAGAACGCGGCGCAGGCGCUGCACCUCGGGGAACGCAUGCAGGAGGCCAAGAAACUGCUGGGCUCCCUGCAGCUGCUCUUUGACAAGACCGAGGAUGUCAGCUUCAUGAAGAACACCAAGUCUGUGAAAAUCCUAAUGGACAGGACCCAGACCUGCACAGGCAGCAGCCUUUCUCCUCCCAAGAUCGGCCACCUGAACUCCAAGCUCUUCCUGAAUGAGGUGGCCAAGAAAGAGAAGCAGCUGCGGAAGAUGCUGGAAGGCCCCUUCAGCACGCCGGUGCCCUUCCUGCAGAGCGUCCCCCUGUACCCCUGUGGUGUGAGCAGCUCUGGGGCAGAAAAGCGCAAGCACUCAACGGCCUUCCCAGAGGCCAGCUUCCUAGAGACGUCGCCGGGCCCUGUGGGCAGCCAGUAUGGGGCGGCAGGUGCAGCCAGCGGCGAGGGCCAGUCUGGGCAGCCCCUGGGGCCCUGCAGCUCCACACAGCACCUGGUGGCCCUGCCGGGUGGCGCCCAACCAGUACACUCAAGUCCUGUGUUCCCCCCAUCGCAGUACCCCAAUGGCUCCGCCGCCCAGCAGCCCAUGCUCCCUCAGUAUGGCGGCCGCAAGAUUCUCGUCUGUUCUGUGGACAACUGUUACUGUUCUUCCGUGGCCAACCAUGGCGGCCACCAGCCCUACCCCCGCUCCGGCCACUUUCCCUGGACAGUGCCCUCGCAGGAGUACUCACACCCGCUCCCGCCUGCACCCUCCGUCCCCCAGUCCCUUCCCGGCCUGGCGGUCAGAGACUGGCUCGAUGCCUCCCAGCAGCCCGGCCACCAGGAUUUCUACAGGGUGUAUGGGCAGCCAUCCACCAAACACUACGUGACGAGCUAACGCCACGCAGGCGGCGGGCGCUGGGGAGUCUCACCCUGGCCCCGGUGGCUCGGGGAUUCUGCAUCCAGAGACGUGCCCUCCUACUUUCCUCCCCUGCCUCUUCCACCUCCCUCCCCCUCCCCCACCACUUUUUUUUUGUUUGUUUUGUUUGGGGUUUCUUUUUUUUUUUUUUUUAAUCUCCUGGACUCAGAGGAGGCAGUGGGAGCUGGCCUGGGCCUGGGCCGGGAAGCGGGUGGGCCUGGAAGCGGGGGGAGUGUCUGUUCCAAGGCUCUGAGCUCUCUCUGUCUCUCCUUUUUUCCUUCCACUCCUUCCCCUUCACACCCCCACGGCCGGAAGGAGCCUCCACUUCCGCUCCAGCCGGGGGCCCUGGCCCUGGGAGGAAGGCCCGGGGCACCGGCCUGUUUUUCCUCUUCUUUCGGGCAGUCUCAUCACUGAUGGAGUAAGGAAUGACCUGUAGAUUGUGGGACUUUUUUUUUCUUUUAAUUUUUUAAAAUCAAGAGUGAUCUCUCCUGCUUCCUUCUCACCAUCUUCCCAGACCAGACGGAGUUCAAAGGCGGCUUCUCAAGCGGCUUUUGGCACCUUCAGCCUCAAAGUGGAGUCUUUUAAAGACAGGAACCCACGUCCAGGAAAGGGGAAAAGGAACUCUGCCAAUGAGAGUGACCACAGCAAAAGCAAAUAAUAAUAAUAUUAAUAAUAAUAAAAGAAAUAAAUAAAUAAAAAACCAAUAGCACAGCCCUUGUUAAGGUCAGUGGAGAAGGAGGAGGAGCUGCCCCAAGUUGGGUCCUUGCCUGGAUUUUGACACAGCAACUUCCUGUAGUGAGCACUUUGUAUGAAUCGUGGACUUCCUGUUCUCAAGGCGCAGGUAUUUAUUCUGUAUUCUGUCUAGAGCACACAUCGAAAUCCAACCUUCUAAUAAACAUGCUGGCGCAGUC